GCCGCGUAUGACCUGAUUCCAGAACAAACGACCAUGGUCCCCGGUGUCGUAGGGAAGUCACCUACAAUGGCCAGGAUUGCCGAGUUCGAGGUGAUUGAUCAACUGCGAAAACGUGUGUUGGAGAGAAGAUGUACUGCAACCUGGGAAGACCGAACCGAGGAGUUCACCAUCGGCCCGUUAUUGAACUGCAGUUUGACAUACCAUAUCAGCCACGGCGGUCCUCGCCAAAGGCUGCACAGAGACGACAUGAUCCACGGGAUCUAUCACAGCGGCGAAUACAGCCUCUCGAACGAGACCCAGCUUGGCUUCAUGAUCGCCGGGUGCAAAACCACCCGCGAGAACGGAGCUACGAUGGUGAUCCCCGGUUCUCACAAGUGGAAUCACACCCGGGUUCCUAGGACCGAUGAAGUCUGCUUUGCAGAAAUGGAACCGGGCUCCACGCUUGUCUUCUUCGGCAGUGUCUAUCACGGCGCCGGGCACAACUCUGUUCCCGAACAAGUGCGCAAGGUCUACGGUCUAUUCUUCAUCCCGGGCACGCUCCGGCCCGAGGAGAAUCAGUUCUUGGCUAUCCCCCGGAGCAAGGUGCUCGGCAUGAGCGAUAAGAUGCUGUCUCUGCUUGGGUAUAAGAAACCAGAGACCUGGCUCGGCAUUGUCAAUAACGGCGAUCCGGCAGAAAACCUUGGAGAAGUUUUGCAAAUGGCUAUCCAGUAAAAUACUAUCACACAGCCGAUACGUACUAUUGGGUCAUUGAGAUGUGGCAAUAUUAAUGAAAUUCCUGAUGAUUUGAUUGAUUGUGUUGUAAUCGUAGGAACGCGUUAUUCACCGCUAAUUACAUGAAAUUAGGGAAUCUAGGUCACCUGACAUGGCUGACUAGUAUGACACAUAUGAACAAUCAGAUCUGUAGAAUCGCUCCGCAGUUAGCAACAUUUUCCUUUACCAUUCUAUUGUACAAGGCUUGCAAAAG